GGCCCUGCUAACUGGGCUGGUAUAUGCAGUACAGGCAAGAAACAAUCACCAAUUGAUAUUAAAAGCACCGAGAUAACUCAUGACAAAGGUUUGGGUGCGUUCACACUGGAAAACUACGACAGGAAGCUCAACAAAACCUUCACUGGAUCAAACACAGGUUACGCCUUUGGAAUGGCAUUCCCUGAGAGAGUGUAUAAUGUCAGCGGAGGAGGUCUGAACGGUGUUUACACCACUGUUCAGUUUCACUUUCAUUAUGGACCAAACGACACUGUGGGAUCGGAACACAUUGUGGACGGAGAACAUUAUGCAGCUGAGGUGAGUGAAUGAGUGAAUGACUGGGUGGAUGGAUGAGUGAAUGAGUGAGUGGUGGGUUGGUGGGUGAGUGGUUUGUGAGUGAGUGAGUGGGUGGGUGGGUGGAUGAGUGAAUAAGUGGGUGGGUAGUGAGUCAGUGGGUGGGUGGGUGUGUUUGUUUGUGUAGACUUGUGUGUGAGUGAGUGAGCAAACUGAAACUGAAUGUUACAAAGACAAUUCUUGCAUCAAAGUACAACGAGGUGUUUCUUUAAAUGUAUCAGAGAAAUCCAUUGGUUUUUCUAAGAAUUAUAUCAUAAAGUGCUACAUAAAAACAUUCCAGAGUUAUAAUCCCUAAAUAGAGAAAAGGACGGUCCCAAGGUCAGUUCAAGGUUAUACAUUUAUUGUUAAAGGAAAUUCGUUGCUCAAAAGCCAGUGAUAACGGUCAGCUCAAACCUACUACAGUGAAUAUGUUUUUCUUUUGUUGCACAAAGUCUAUGAUUCUUGAGCCUAUCAGCUCUAUAACUGGCUUCGCGUUUUAUUUGCGCCUUCUCAAGAGAUCUUCAUUUGCUACUAACCUGGAAAUUGUUAAAUUGUUAAACUGUUUUCAACAUUAAACAGCUUUGGUUUCUGCACACGAAUGAGACUACGGAAAAGUAGUUUUUAAAAUUCCUUCUAAGGAACUUCAAAUAUUUGCAUCAAAUGUUUAACUUUCCCUUCUUGUUUUACAGUUGCACUUUGUAAGUUAUAACACCAAAUAUGACAACCUUGUGCAAGCAAUCGAACAUGAAGAUGGUCUUGCUGUUCUCGGUCUCUUCAUACAGGUAAUUGGGUAGAAAAGAAGUUGAAUGAAUAGAGAAUAUCUCGAGAUCUCGAGACAUAAAUUUAGAUCAAUUGUUUUGAAAUGUGAAUAGAUAUAACGACACGUGUUUUGAUACGAUAUCAGAACACAUGUGUUUUGGUACGACAUUUCUCAGUGGCCAAAAUCCCUAUAACACACUGUAGUUUAUAUAAUAAAUAUAUUAAGUAAACCCAAACGUUCCUGUGAACCUUUCGGUCUCGUGGUUCAAUACAAUCUGUAAUCAUUCUUGAGCCGAAAGUUUGACCAACGUGAAUUGCUUUUUACUCUGAUUUUUCAGGUUGGAGGCAUUAAUAACACAGCAUUUUCGUUUCUGGAAAAUGCCCGAAACCUUUCUGAGAGUUGUAAGUGAUGUUUUUUCCGCAUAUUCGCAGUUUUCAUGGCGCAAUUGCAUGAAACCGUACUCGUUUCUCCAUAUUGUGACUAACGACAUCUUUGGUACGUUUUUAUCUCUUUCUGUAUCUGUAGACUCAUCCAUGGGCGGCAUUCCAGCUUUCAGAUUUGACAGCCUGUUACCUGCCAACAAGACCAAGUACUUCCGGUACAGCGGUUCUCUAACCACUCCUUCUUGCAAAGAGAGUGUCACGUGGACUGUUUUUAGGGACGCUGUCAACAUAUCGCAGUAUCAGGUACAGUAUUUGACUGAAAAAAAAACAUGUGUUUAAACUACUUGACAGCAGCGUUUUAAAUUUUUUUGCCGCAAACCCGCCGUCUAUUGGAUCAAUAUGUCAUUUAGUGUAAAAAUAGUCCGAAUACCUCCUAAUUUGUUUGUUUUUUUGUUUUUUAGAUGAACCUUCUGCGUCAACUCCAGAAGACUUACACCACAUUAAGUGUUGGAAAUUACCGUCCCGUUCAGCCACUCUACAACCGAAUCGUCAGGGCUAGCUUCCAGGCCUCCGCUGAUACUAAUAGUGCAACUUCAGCCCCGAGAUAGUCAUGACUAUCAUAACGAUGUUCACGCUGUCUUGUCCGGAGCGGUCGACGCUGGCAACCCACACCGGACCCUAGCAGACGUCAAGCUUACAGACGACCGGACAUAAACAACUACAACAAACGACGGAGUUCAGCUAUUUUUAUACAUGAGUUUUGAGUUACAAGGUAUCGACCCAUGUAAUGGAAUCCAAGACAGUCUUGGAUUCUGGAUUCUACGCCGUGGAUUCCGGAUUUUAGGUAAUGGAUUCCGCACUUUAUCAGUGGAACUUGGAUAACAAAUUCCAAUCCUCAGUGGGAUUCCGGAUUCCUUGACCUGUAUUCAAGAUUCCACAAGCAAAAAUUUCCCGAUUCCCGAUUCCACGAGCAAAAUUUUUCUCUGAUUCCGGAAACCGGAUUCUCUUACAUGGGUCGACAAGGUAGUUGAUAUAGUUUACCACCUCCUCAAUCUUAUUUUCUUGAGCUGCAGAGCAGUUCAACUAAACAACCGAGAGAAGGAGUGAAAGUAAGGCCCCUACUAUAGAGAGAUUUAGAUUUUCGUUUACCGCAGCAAACGGCAAACGCGAGAUUAGAGUUGACUAUUUCUUAAAUUAGGAAAUAAACAGUUUCCAUGAAACUCCUCAUUACUGUGUAGAUAUAAAGCACAGUAAACAACAGUCAAAAUGAAAACUUGGUCACGUGGUACAAAUGGAUUAUGAAGUCAGUCCUAACUUACCAACUAUUCACAUAUAAUGUAAACAGGACACGCUCCGUAUUCCUCUCAUACUGGGCAUUACUUUGUAUAACACACUGACUUUUUCCGUUUGCUGCUUGCCGCUAACGUGAUUCUAAAUCUCCCUAAUAACGAACGUGGAUCACUGGGAAUUCAAAUAAUUUGUUUACCGAUCUUCGGUUUCUUUCGGUCUCCUCUCAAUUUUCAUUUAUUUAUUUAUGUAUUUGUAUAUUUAUUUUGUUCAUUUCAUACUAUUAUGUUUCCAUAUUUUUUGUAAUUGUGUUGCAAUGGGAUAAUAGAAUACAAACGUUUGAAAAAAGCGGAAUUUUACAUUCGGUCACUUUAGCCACUGAGUGGUGCCUAUCCUGCCGGAUUGCUUACAUAAGUACUAGUGCCAGGUAAUUAUUAGAACUGUUGUUAAGUUGAAGUGCAAAGUAAGGUGUGUAACUGAAACAUCAGCCAACCGCUGUAAUUUACUAUCUACGUGAUGAACAAUAAUUUAUUGUUCUCUUCCUCCUUUCUUUGGAGGAAGGAACAUUUUGUUUGGUUUCUGUUUCAUUGCAGAGAGUGUACAAAAGUUUCAGAAUGUACAGAUGUACAAAAUAACUAUUGAUCCACAGAUGUUGAAAAUCUAAUUGGAAGCUUUGAUCUUGUUCGAGUAAAAUGUCAUAUACUGCUUUUAAAUCGCAAUUCUGGGCGUGUUCAAUCAGCUCAGUUUUCUCUAUCUGUCCAUCCUGGGAUAUUAACUGCAAACGGAGCAUAUGAGUUGUCAUAGUAACUAGCCCUGGAAUUGCACUAGUUGAUCGCCAUUAAACUUGUUUUCAGAUUACAGUUCUUGGGUUUGAUUUUGGAAAAGUGGAGUGUGAUUAUGUAAAACGUCCUUAUUUCAUGUGUUGUUUUGUUAGUAAUAAAUUUUCAUCUGGAUUUGUAGAGUAGGAAUUGGUGUGAAAAAUUCACAAUAAAGUGGUUUAGUUAUCAUUUGGCAAUGUCCAAAUCAUGUUUUGUGUUACAUCUAAAUUAGAACAUUUUUCUGCCGGCGGCAAAUAAUCAUCGCGUUAAAUAUUGGAUUAGGAGCCUUGUCCUUGUCAGAAAGUCAAACGUCUUUCCGCACCAAUCCCUGAUCGCGAGUGAAAAAAGCUGUCUUUUUAUAUCCCCGCAUGCAGUCUCAAGAGAUUAUCAUUCAUCUUCGUAUUCAAUCUAAGAUUUUUCUCUAGGUCACCUUUUUUAUUCUUCGUUGGCAAAAAGUCGCACUUUGUACGCUGCAAAUGGCGAACUGUGAGGAAAGCAAACUGGAGCGCAUGGGCAGUUAUGGAUGAGGACUUUAGCAAAUGACGCAAUGCAGCCUGUUAGAGCUAGCUUGCUCUAUGUUAGUAGGGAAGACCAAACACGAAAGCGAGUGCGGAAAAAAAAAGAGCCGGGGGAGGAGAAAGAAAAGGGCCGGGGAGAGGUUUUCCGUCUUGUCUCUCCGCAGCCAUCGCACGUUUUUAUGGAGGAAGAGUGAAAAUUGCGGGAAAAUUAGGCUCGGCUCCUGUGUGUUUAGCCUGCAUAGCAGGCGUCAAAAGGAGGCAGAGGAAGGAGAGAAAGGACAGAGAAUUGGAAAGAUGAGGUAUCGACUUUUUUCUUCCCGUGUCUUUUCCCAGGCCUUUUUACCAAGUUUUUGGGCUCUUGCUUGAUCUCGGUAGAAAACUGGGAGCGAUUUUCUGAAGCGCGCGAAGUCAAAAACCUUAUUAUGACGUCACAUUAUUACUUUAGUCAUUGUGUUUGCAUGAGCAAGACGUGCUCUUAUCGCCGGAACAAAAAGAUUUGUUCUGCUAGCUCAUAUCAGAAAUAUUUCGCUGCAUGGACUUAACUCAUUGCAGCACACGUUGGAUCCUUAGCAACACUUUCUCAACAGAAGGUAAAACAGCUAUAAUAAUUCUUAAAAAGAAGUUUUCAUUUCUGAUCUCACCGAAAAACGCGUAUGUAGUAAAACAAGCAGACGUUUAAGGUUAUUAAACGGGGCACUAUUUUAGAAGCAUUUUCUUCAUUUCGGUUUUCCUUAUAGGUACAAGUAGAAACGAUUAAAGUAAAAUCGCAUAAUUGAAACUCGCUACCUGUGCAUAACGAUCAUGGUUUCUUUCUUCUCUAAAGCCUGGUUUCUAUGCGAUCGUCCGGAUCUUCCGACUGGGACGAUCGGGACGAUCAUAUGGAAACCAGGCUUGAUACAAACAAACUUUGGUCUUUAUAGUAAUACACUGCGAACAGCAAGACCGGAAACUACAGCUAUAANGACUUUUUUCUUCCCGUGUCUUUUCCCAGGCCUUUUUACCAAGUUUUUGGGCUCUUGCUUGAUCUCGGUAGAAAACUGGGAGCGAUUUUCUGAAGCGCGCGAAGUCAAAAACCUUAUUAUGACGUCACAUUAUUACUUUAGUCAUUGUGUUUGCAUGAGCAAGACGUGCUCUUAUCGCCGGAACAAAAAGAUUUGUUCUGCUAGCUCAUAUCAGAAAUAUUUCGCUGCAUGGACUUAACUCAUUGCAGCACACGUUGGAUCCUUAGCAACACUUUCUCAACAGAAGGUAAAACAGCUAUAAUAAUUCUUAAAAAGAAGUUUUCAUUUCUGAUCUCACCGAAAAACGCGUAUGUAGUAAAACAAGCAGACGUUUAAGGUUAUUAAACGGGGCACUAUUUUAGAAGCAUUUUCUUCAUUUCGGUUUUCCUUAUAGGUACAAGUAGAAACGAUUAAAGUAAAAUCGCAUAAUUGAAACUCGCUACCUGUGCAUAACGAUCAUGGUUUCUUUCUUCUCUAAAGCCUGGUUUCUAUGCGAUCGUCCGGAUCUUCCGACUGGGACGAUCGGGACGAUCAUAUGGAAACCAGGCUUGAUACAAACAAACUUUGGUCUUUAUAGUAAUACACUGCGAACAGCAAGACCGGAAACUACAGCUAUAAAGAAAUACUGUGCGCGCGCUCUGCAAGAACUUUUGCACAUAGCUCGCUACAACCGUUGUCUACUCCAAUUUAAUCUUUUAGUUACAUUUCCACGAAAGAAAGGCGUUGUUGUUUUUUUUCUUUUUAUACUGAAAGAACAAGCUACGGGCAUCUCCGACUUCUUGUAUUUAUCACGAUGUUGCUUCGUACCAACAUGGAAAGAAAAAGACUGGUCUUUUUGUUAUCCAUUGAACAUCCAUCGGAUCCAUAAAGGCUAAAAACUUUUACCUUACGUUAUUAAAAACUGAUUCUUUGGAUAAUGCAAUUCUAGAGCUCUGAUUGGCUUAGCCAUCAUGGUAUAUGUAUAGGUAAUAGCAUGAUUUGUAAUGAUAUUUGGCAUAAAUACCGCGAGUGAUAUUUCGAAAUUGUUAUACGUAAUUUGAAACAAUUUUGAAAUAUCACGAGUGGUAUUUAUGCCAAAUAUCACGCGCAAAUCAUGAUAUUAUUUGUUUAUACUACUACACGCUAAGGUUUUGUAGUUUUCACAUGUAUAGGUAUGCUCUAAGCCAAUCAAAUUGCAGAAAGUACUAGUAUAACUAAUUGUAUUCCUAUUGUACUCUUUGUCUUCAAUCAGAAUGGUUAUAGAAAUCAUACAUAAGGAAGCUACAUUGUAGUUUAUAGUAGUCAGUUUUCGAUAACAUCGCAACAUUCAUCGCAUUGCUGAGCUAACUACGCUUCCGAUUGCACCAAUGAUUACCUUUCGUCGUUUACGCUAAUGUUAUUGCCCGUUUUAAAAAAGUACCCAGCCAGUCAACGCUAUUGUAGCCAAAGUCCAGUUUUGUCUUAUCUUCUACUAGUUCUUUCGUCGACACAACACUAUUCUCUGAUAAAGACGAAAACCGUUGAUUUGCCUCGUCUCCAACGCUCAGCACUUGUGCAGAUACGACAUCUGAUAGGACGCAGAACAGCCCACAUCUUUUCGAGAAGACGAGAGUAUAGACCCCAGUAGUGUGGUCAGUUUCGUGGGGUGGGUGGCUAGUGAAGGGUUUGUCGUCAAUUUGAGUCAGUCUUGUCUUAUUACCGUGACGAAAGAAGAGAGAAAAAACUCACACACAAGUCAUACAUCUCUGCAACGAAAUCCAGUGGCGGAUCCAGGGGAGGGGCCCAGGGAGCCCAAUCAGUACUGAUAGUAUUGCUACAAGUGCGACAGAACAGGCCUCGCCAGCUGCGACCGUUGGGUGUGGCCUGGGAUCGUCUGCAGUUCGAAUGUCUGCUGGCCUGUAUUUGUUGAUGUUGUUUGCUGCCUCCUCAGCUAUUUUUAUACAUGAGUUUUGA